UCCGGGCUCGGGCUUCUCUAUUCGUUACAAAACACCUUAUCCUACCGCCUCUACCGCCACCAAGCACGCAGCCAACUGACCAUGGCAUCAUCUUCUCCAUCCCCCGUCACCAUUCCCCAGCUACCCUUUUCACCCAAGAGACCUCCUCCAGUUCCCAUCUUCAAAGAGGUCCACUUCAACCAUGACUUCUCGGCCACCAAGAAACUCCAGGCUGGGGUGGACCUGGUGGCAAAAUUGAUUGGGGUGACCCUGGGCCCGAAGGGCAGGAAUGUGGUGUUGGAGAACAAGUACGGACCCCCUAAGAUUGUUAAUGAUGGGGAGACCGUCCUUAAGGAGGUUGAAUUGGAGGACCCAUUAGAGAAUGUUGGUGUUAAAUUGGUAAGACAAGCGGGUGCAAAGACAAAUGAUCUUGCUGGUGAUGGUUGCACCACUUCUAUUGUUCUUGCUCGAGGUUUGAUCGCUGAAGGUGUGAAGGUACUCGCUGUGGGAAUUAAUCCUGUUCAAAUUGCACGGGGAAUUGAAAAGACUGCCCGGGCUCUUGUUUCUGAACUCAAAUUGAUGUCAAGGGAGAUUGAUGACCAUGAAAUUGCUGAUGUUGCAGCAGUUAGUGCUGGAAAUGACUAUAGUGUAGGGGAUAUGAUUGCAGAAGCUCUUAAAAGAGUCGGAAGAAAAGGUGUAGUUAGAAUUGAGAAUGGAAAAUGCACUGAGAACAGUCUGCAAAUUGUAGAGGGGAUGCAAUUUGAUCGUGGUUAUUUGUCACCUUACUUUGUUACUGAUUGUGCAAAUAUGUCAGUGGAGUUCGAAAAUAGCAAGAUACUUUUGGUUGACAAAAAAAUCACAAAUGCAAAGGAGAUGUUUAAAUUAUUGGAUAGUGCAGUCAAAGAUAAGUACCCACUCUUGAUAAUUGCAGAGGGAAUUGAGGAGGAAGCUCUAGCUCCGGUAAUUAGGAAUAAACUCAAAGGUGUGCUGAAGGUGGUUGCUAUUAAAGCUCCUGCCUUUGGAGAGCGCAAGAGUCACUGCAUGGAUGACAUUGCUAUCUUGACUGGAGGCACAGUAGUCAGAGAUGAGAUGGGACUGACUCUUGAAAAUGCUGGAAAAGAGGUUUUAGGUUCUGCAGUGAAAGUAGUGAUUACUAAGGAUUCAACACUAAUUGUUACUAAUGGAAGCACCCAGCAUGCAGUGGAAAAGAGGGUUACUCAAUUAAGAAAUCUUGUAGAGAACACUGAAGAAAAGUUCAAAAAGAAAAUAUUGAAUGAGAGGAUAGCAAGGCUAUGUGGUGGAAUUGCAAUUAUUAAGGUAGGUGCACAGACAGUAGUUGAGUUGAAAGAUAAAAAGCUGAGAAUUGAGGAUGCUGUUAAUGCAACUAAGUCAGCUAUUGAGGAAGGUGUUGUAGUUGGUGGUGGAUGUAGCCUAUUGCGGCUGUCGAUGAAGGUGGAUAGCAUCAAGGAAUCUCUGGAUAAUGAAGAGCAGAUGAUUGGUGCUGACAUCUUUAAACGGGCUUUAAGUUAUCCUUCAAAAUUGAUAGCCAAAAAUGCUGGAAUUAAUGGAGAUGUUGUUGUGGAGAAGGUGUUGUCCUCUAAUGAUGUUAGGUAUGGCUACAAUGCAGCUAAAAAUUGUUAUGAGGACUUGAUGGCGGCUGGGAUUUUAGACCCAACAAAGGUUGUUAGAUGUUGUGUGGAGCAUGCUGCUGCUGUUGCAAAGACUUUUCUCACAUCUGAUGUGGUUGUUGUUGAUACAAAGGAAGCAGAGCCUGUUAGUAGACGAAGGCUGAUGCCAACUUCUAAUCUCAUGCGACCAUCUAAUCUGAUGCCAACUUCUAAUUUCAUGCAAACAUCUAAUCUGAUGCCGAAAUCAGGCAUUGCGCUUUAGUUUAUGCUGACCAGUCAUUCCUCUACUUGCUGUUCCAUUCUCUUUUCCUUUUGUGACUCCUACUUCCAAGUAGUUGAGAUGUCAAUCCAAAGGAAGGCAAAUGAGGCCAUCUAAUCUGGGUAUUUUGGCUCAGUGAAAUAUGGCCAAUGAGACCUUGCUGCUGUUCAUCAGCGUGCGUUGACUCUCAAUACUGUCACAGUAUCUAUCCAACAAAGCACCUGAGAAACAACAUGCAGUACAGACAAGGUUCCAAUCUCAAAAUUUAGAAGCUUUUGUGAUUAUUCUUAAAAUGCAGUUACUAUGGUACACUUCUUCAUGAAGGGAAGCCAUGAUGAGGCUAAAUAUCUGUGUGUAUAAAUUGAACAAUUUUAGGGACUCAUGAUCUGUGCCGACGAUCAUGAUGCUUUCUAGGGCUAAAAUCAGAGCAUUUGAGCUUGGGAUGGGUCAUUGUCUCAUUUAUAUUUCCUUCAUCCAUUAUAAUAUGUUUCUAUCACUUUCUCCAACUCUUGCUGUCUGAUUUUGGUGCCUUGUUACGAAUAAUUUGUAGAAGAUGUUUGAAAACUUUGGCCCCUAUUACUUCCUACCCUUUUCUUUUGUAAUCCUUUGUUACAUACUUCUCACGUCUAUGUUGUUUCCUUUGCAAUAACAAUAUUCUUCAGACAA